AUGUCAGAGAAACCCAACUUUCGGCAACGAGCCAUAUCAGACCACGAUAUUCCUUCAAAUUCUUCCCACCCCAUCCGCAUGCGCAUAUGUGAAGCCAAUUUCGAAAUAAAUAUCGCGACCCUCGGCUCUCAGCACCCUUACGUCCGUAUCUUUUACGGAAACAACAAAUGAAGAACCGAAGUCGCAAAAAAUUCAGGAAAAACCCCAAAAUGAGAUAUCGAGUACAAACUGGACCUUGAAGGCGACACAAUCCAAGUCGUAGUUUUCCACAAAGGCUUUUUCUUUUCAGACCCAGAAAUAGGCAGAUGCACCAUUUGCUUAAGUGAAGUUGUACAAGGCCAUCUCGUCGAAUGGUGAAAUUUAACAACCCCAGCUGGCAGCCACGCUGGGGCAAUUUUAAUAGCUUUUGAAAUCCCUGAUAAAAGGAUCCCAGAUAUAGCAGUCUCUAUGUGGACAACUCAUAACGCAAACAGCUCAUGAGAUGUAAGAGCCUGCAGGGCUUCUCCUAUGGAGUGGAAGGUAAGGAAACAAAAAAACUCAAAAUUCAAGCCGCAGCUGACACAAAGGACUCCAGACCGAAAAUUUAUGCAUUUUUCGACAGAGCCAGAUGAAGUGUAUGAUUUAGACCAAAUAAAAACGGAUUUGUCUGAAGAAAAUGAAAGACUGAGAGCGCAAGAACUUAAGGUAAAGAAAUUGUUUGCAAAACUAAAGGGGGAAAGUAUUGCGCUAAAAGAUGAGAAAAUUGAGCUCAGGAAAUGCAAAGAAAUGCUGCAGGAAAAAGAAGAAAAAAUUCUGCAGGAUAAAAAUGCGCUAGCGAAUGAGAAAUUGAUGAUAAUGAAAGAAAAAGAAGAAAUAGAAAAACUCAAGCUUCAGUUAAACCAGGAUUAUACUAACUUCCGUUGAGCAAAACCAUUUGGAGAGCCAUUUUUAUAUAAAAUAUAAAAAAUUAGCCCAACUUUUUUAAUGAGCAAAUAAAGAAGGAGGUAAGCUUAAACAAGAUAAAUUAAAAAUCUGCGCCCAUAGGAAAGUCCUUGAAAAAAGGAGCAAAAAGAUUUUUGAGACUAUGAGACACAUAGAGCGACACAAAGAAAUGAUCGAAAAUUCUCCAAGCAAAAUCAAAAAUAAAGAAGACGGGUCUAUUGAUGAUGCUGAGCUUGACCAAGAACUGGACGACUAUGACGUCGACAUCAGUGAUGGAGAGCUAUAUGAGCUUUAA